GAGAGAAGAGAGAAAAGCCGAAUAGAAACCAAAGCACGGCCGUGGGUGCCCGCAACCAUGAAAGGCUUGCACUAUACCAGAGAGCUGCGGCUCUGCCCGUGGACUAUGUCGUGAGGAGUGCCUUUCGACGCUCGGCUUUUGGUCACGAAAACGACACGCCAAGGAGGGGUAAAAAAUGUCCGCCUCUGUGGGGCCCCAAGGCGGCCCUCGCCCACCCACCGCGCCGAUGAGCAUGCCCGAUAUUCCGGACCUCAGUCACCUCACGGAGGAGGAAAGGAAAAUAAUAAUGGCAGUGAUGGUUCGACAGAAGGAGGAAGAGGAAAAAGAAGAUGCCAUGUUAAAAAGGCUGCACCAGCAGUUCGAGAGCUACAAGGAGCAGGUGCGUCGCAUCGGUGCCGACACCCGGCGCCAGCAGAGCCUGCACCGGGACGACGCCCCCACCUGCGGCAUCUGCCGCAAGACCAAGUUUGCUGACGGCUGUGGCCACCUCUGCUCCUACUGCCAGACCAAGUUCUGCGCUCGCUGUGGAGGCCGGGUCUCCCUGCGCUCCAACAACGAGGACAAAGUGUGUCACAUAGUGAAGGACAGGGUCAUGUGGGUGUGCAACCUGUGCCGCAAGCAGCAGGAGAUCCUCACCAAGUCGGGGGAGUGGUUCUCGGGGCAGGGGGCCAAGCCCAACGCGUUGGGCGCCGCCCACAGCGACCCGGCCAUGUUUGACAAGAAGGUGCGCUCCAGGUCGCAGGCCCCGCUGAACUCGGGCCCCGGGCUAGGCCAGGAUGCACUGCCGCCUGCUACGGCUGACCGCCCCAAGGGCCCCGAUGCCGGCCAGACGGGGGCCCCCACCUCCCGGUCCCGGAGCGAGCCCCCCAGGGAGAAGAAGAGGCCCGUGUCGCUCCACGAGCCCGUCACCAAGACGGGGCCGCGAGGGGAGAGGCGCAGGGGCCUGGGCAAGUUGCAGUCGCACGCCUCCGAGGACCUGAGCCAGCGACGCGAAGCCCCCCGCCGGCUGGAGAAGGUACGCUCACAGGACUACAGCGUGGGGGGGGAGGCGGGCCGGCCGGAGCCGAGGCCACGGCAGCCGGAGGGCGAGGCGGAGCGGCAGCGGCGGGAAGAGGAGUUUCAGACGCGCUACCGCAGCGACCCCAACCUGGCGCGUUACCCGGUGAAGCCACAGCCCGAGGAGCAGGAGAUGCGCAUCCACGCCAAGGUGUCCAAGGCACGGCACGAGCGCCGGCACAGCGACGUGGCCAUCAACGAGGUGGGGCUGCAGCCGAAUGGGGGCCCCAGGGAAGGCAGCCAGGGCCGACUGAGCAGGAGGGCCGUAGGCGAGGGCGAGCGUAAGGCACCUCUGGAGAACCACCGCUCCUACUCUGUAGACAGGACCGUGGGGGGGCCUGCCUCCAAACCCAACCACAUCCCCCAGCUCACCCCCGCGCCUCGCACAGGCCCCCAGGGCCCCCAGGGCCCCGCCGGACGGCCUGACCUCAGGAAGAAUCACCUGGAGCCCAGCUCGGCCGCCGUGCUGCGCAAGGCCAAACGGGAGAAGAUGGAGAGCAUGCUCCGCAACGACUCGCUCAGCUCCGACCAAUCUGAGUCCCUGCGGCCGCCGCCGCCACGUCCCCACAAGACCAAGCGUGGGGUCAACAAGAGGCAGAUGUCCGUCAGCAGCUCGGAAGAAGAGGGCGGCUCCACACCCGAAUAUACCAGCUGUGAGGACGUGGAGAUCGAGAGCGUCAGCGAGAGAGGUGACUGGGACUGCUAUCCCUUGGACCCCACCGUGUGGCACCAUCCUGUCACCUGGCAACCGUCCAAAGAGGGUGACCAUCUGAUUGGACGGAUCACCCUGAGCAAGAGGAUAGCCAUGACGAAAGAGGCCAGCACCAUGCUAGGGUUAAAGGUCGUCGGAGGGAAGAUGACGGAGACUGGGAGACUUGGGGCUUUCAUCACCAAAGUCAAGAAGGGCAGCCUUGCCGAUGUUGUAGGUCAUUUACGGGCAGGUGACGAGGUCCUGCAAUGGAAUGGGAAGCCGUUGCCCGGAGCAACGAAAAAGGAAGUUUACAAUAUCAUUUUGGAUUCUAAAUCAGAACCUCAAGUAGAAAUAGUGGUUUCAAGGCCAAUUAGAGAUAUACCAAGGAUUCCAGAAACAUCACAUCCUCCCUUAGAAUCUACAGGUUCAAGUUCCUUCGAGUCCCAGAAAAUGGACCGGCCCUUCAUAUCCAUCAUAUCUCCCACAAGUCCUGGGACAUUGCGAGACAUUCCUCAGCUGCUGCCUGGACAGCUUUCAGUGAAGCUUUGGUACGACAAAGUGGGCCAUCAGCUGAUUGUCAACGUGCUUCAAGCCAUAGACCUUCCUCUCCGGAUGGAUGGGAGGCCCAGGAACCCCUAUGUGAAGAUGUACUUUCUCCCCGACAGGAGUGACAAAAGCAAGCGAAGGACCAAAACAGUGAAGAAGAAUCUGGAACCCAAAUGGAACCAAACCUUCCUCUACUCGCACGUGCACCGAAGGGACUUCAGGGAGCGCAUGCUGGAGAUCACCGUAUGGGACCAGCCGCGAAUCCAGGAGGAGCAGAGUGAAUUCCUGGGGGAGAUCCUGAUCGAGCUGGAGACGGCCCUGUUGGACGACAUGCCACACUGGUACAAGCUGCAGACCCACGACGUGUCCUCGCUGCCUCUGCCCAAGCCCUCGCCCUACCUGCCCCGGCGGCACGGGCACGGGCACGGGGACGGCCCCAGCAAGAAGCUGCAGAGGUCGCAGCGCAUCACUGACACAGAGUUUGAUGAUGGUAAUGCCAUAGUGGCCACAGCUGCUUCAGAGAGGAGCUCGCGGGAGAGGGAGCGCUCCACCACGUUGGUGGUGCCUGAGCAGCAGCGCCCCCAGCAGCACCGCUCACGCUCCGUGUCACCGCACCGGGACGAGCAGGGCCGCGGACGCUCCCGCCCCCCCAACGUGCCCAUGCAGAGGAGCCUCGAUGAGAUCCACCACAAGCGCCAGUCCUGGUCCCCGACCCGCUACCGUGACUCCCCCCGUGGCCGCGAAGAGCCAGAGCCCCAGGAUUCGGAGCAGGAGUAUUCAGAGGACAGCGAGGCCCAGGUGACGCGCAGAGCGAUCCGGGGCGGGAGCGCCGAGUGCCUGCACACCGACAGUGAUCUGCAGCCGUCUCUUGACAGGUUUAGAAGUUCUAGUACCAACUGUUUGAGACCAGACACUAGUUUCCAUUCACCUGAGCGAGAAAGAUGCACCCAGUCUCUGCCCCGCAGACGGCCCUCCAGCCCCCGGAUUCUAAUCCAGCACGCCUCCCCCGAAGAUGACAGCUGGAUUCUGGAGCACGUUGUUCCCACAGAGGAGACGGUAAACCAUCUCAGUGCCAAGCCAGGGCCCCAGAGGCAGCCGAGAACUCUGGGUAGGCCUAACUGUCAGAAAGCCACCAAGAAAAGCUCUGACAGUGACAGAGCACAUGGUCAUAGCAAUCGCUCACAGUCCCCCCCAGCGACGACCCCCCAAGCAGCCCGUAGGGGGCGACAGCUGCCACAGGUGCCUGUGAAGAACAGUGGGAUAGAGCAAGGCCAUGCUAACUGCAAGUCAGAGGAGAAAGCUCUCGUGGUCACGGCAGAGCGGACACGGCAGGUGCCGGUGAAAGUACAUUCCUACAGGACGUCCACCACGUCCAGCUCCAGUCAGGACCUGGAGACCGAGCUCAAGAACAAGCGAGAGCUGUACAAAGAGCAGCGGCGAAGCUGCGACAAUGUGUCCGCCAAGUCAUCGGACAGCGACAUCAGCGACGUGUCAGCCAUCUCUCGUGCCAGCAGUGCCUCCCGUCUCAGCAGCACCAGCUACAUGUCCAUACAGUCUGAGCGGCACUGGGGGCGCUUCAGGAAGAUUCGCGCGGCCGGCCGGAGCAUGCUGAAGAGCACCAGCGUGAGCGGCGAGAUCUACUCGCACGAGCACAACGACGGCAGCCAGUCGGACACGGCCCUGGGCACGCUGGGCUCCGGCGGCAAGAAGCGGCGCUCCAGUCUGAGCGCCCGUGUGGUCGCCAUCGUGGGCUCGCGCCGCAGCCGCAGCACCUCGCAGCUCAGCCAGACGGAGGCGGCCAGCAAGAAGUCAAAGAGCCAGAUUCAGCGGAGCCAGGAGACGGGCAUGGCGGUGGAGUACCCGCGCAAUGCCAUGGCGCGGCAGGCCAGCCGCGAGUCCACUAACGGCAGCAUGAACAGCUACAACUCCGAGGGCAACCUGAUCUUCUCCGGCGUCCGUCUGGGGGCCGACAGCCAGUUCAGCGACUUCCUGGAUGGUCUGGGUCCCGCACAGCUGGUGGGCAGGCAGACGCUGGCCACGCCCGCCAUCGGUGACAUCCAGAUUGGCAUGAUGGACAAGAAGGGCCAGCUGGAGGUGGAGGUCAUCCGUGCACGAGGCCUCAUUCAGAAGCCCGGGUCGAAGUCCCUCCCCGCUCCGUACGUCAAGGUCUACCUGCUGGAUAACGGGGCGUAUGUAGCCAAAAAGAAGACGAAGAUCGCCAGGAAGACGCUGGACCCACUGUACCAGCAAGCGCUGCUGUUUGAAGAGAGUCCGCAGGGCAAAGUUCUACAGGUGAUAGUCUGGGGCGACUAUGGUCGCAUGGACCACAAAUGCUUCAUGGGAGUGGCACAGAUCCUGCUGGAGGAGCUGGACCUGUCCAGCACGGUGAUCGGCUGGUACAAACUGUUCCCGCCGUCCUCGCUGGUGGACCCGACGCUGGCCUCCGUCACCCGGCGGGCCUCGCAGUCGUCGCUGGAGAGCUCGUCGGGCCCGCCGGGGAUCCGCUCCUAGUGCCCCGCGGAAGACUGGAGCGGAGGGAAGACGAGAAGGAACGAGGGAUAACAAUCAGAAGCAGACUGAGGAUCACGAUCAAAGCUUUGUUGGAGCCUGACAAUCAUUCCUGAAUCUUCUUUUUUUUUUGGUCUUUUCUCUUAGAUCUUUGUUAUUUUUUUUCUGUGUGACUUUCCAACAGACAGGGCUGCUGCAAAAUAUGGGGUAACGUUGCCUUCACAGGAGAGGAACUCCAAAUGUCACACAGGCCCAGGUAUAUCCCGACGCAGAGUGACACCUUAGGGGGGCGGAGCCUGUCCAGCCUGGCUCCGCCUGACUCUCUCUCUCUCUCUCUCGCUGUUUCACUUCCGUUUCCUCAUCACCCAUCGCCAGCGCUGUGCUUGGGCCCCUUCGUUGCAGUUGCACUGCCACGCUUCUCAUCCGUUUCGCAUUCGUUUUGUACACUUGGACAGACGUUUGCACGAUGGAAGAAAGGGUUCACGUUUCCUGGCGCUUGCAUGAAUACAGAAUAAAUCAGGGCGGGGUUCCCUUUCCUUCCUGACCCAGACUCGCUGUUUUCCUCCACCGACUCCAGCCGGCCAGUUUAACCCCCUCCCUAUUUGUAGAUGUACUGUUGGCCUCUGUCAGGACCCACUGGCACAAGCUGCGGUCAGGGUGCUGUGAACCUUAAUGUCGCUGCCGGUCCCUGGGACCCCCCCCCCCCCAAAGCCCUGCACGUGUUUAAGUUUUUAUCUGAGUCCCACCUUCAGUUUACAUUGUUUUGAUUAAUGCAAGCACAACCGCUUGGUUUUUUACCGCAAAAAAAGGUCUUAACUUUUUGGAAGAAAACGAAGAAAAAAAAAA